AUGUUACAUUCUUACUUGAAGAACAUCGAAGAACCCCCACCACCACCAGUGUGGUUCGCCAGCAAAAUGGAUUGGAGAGGGCGUCGGCGACGUGGUUCGCCGGCAAAGGGAUUGAGAAACUAUGUUAUCUUUGACUUGUUGCGAGAGGCCUCCACCAAUAUGGAUCCCGCUCAUGUUUAUUAUCUUCACUCUUCGAAUUCACCUGGAAUGCGCUUGGUUAACACUCCAUUUGAUGGAAAAGGUUAUCGAUCAGUGCUUAUAGCACUGUCAGCCAAGAACAAGCUUGGUUUUAUCACUGGUGCUGAUGCUUCACCAUAUUCUCAGUCUUCAGAUCUGCAAUUUUGGAACAGAUGCAAUGAUAUGGUAAUCUCUUGGCUUCUCAACUCUCUGUCCAAGGAUAUAGCUGACAGUGUUAUCUACUCCAGGACUGCCAAAGAUUUAUGGCUCAGCUUAGAGCAUAGAUUUGGGCAAUCUAAUGAAGCUAAGUUGUUUCACCUUUGUGUGUGCACUUGUGAAGGAAAAUUGAAACUAGAGAAGUCUCUAGAAGAUGAGAAGCUUAUACAAUUCUUGAUGGGUCUGAAUGAUGUCUAUGCUCAGUUCACCAACAAAGAAAAUCAGCCACAAGUCAGGGGAAACAAUGUGACAACAGUGGAAGAAAGUGAGAAUGAAAACACAAUUGACAUGGAUCUCAUUAAUCAACAUAUAACCAAGGAACAAUUUAAGUACUUCAUUCAGUUGGCAAAAUAA